AUGGCAACGCUGGCAGGGCUGAGCAGGAGUGGUAAGAGUUGUACGGAGAGAUGGAAUAACCAUCUGGAUCCUAAUGCCAAGAGAGAGAACUUCUCCCAGAGGAAGACGACGCCAUCAUCUGCUUCCAGACGCUCUAUGGGAAUAGGGCGAACCGAUAAUGAUGUGAAGAACCGCUGGUACAACCAUUUGAAGAAGAAGAAGAAGAUUGGGAGAAUCUCACAAGAAAUCGCCAACUCUUGGUCCACUUCUGAAUUAGUAUACCCAGAAUUUGCAGGGGAAUAUCUUAUGAGUGAUGAUGAGAUUAUCCAUCACUCUUUCGGGGGAGAUUACUUUUGA